AUGAGGCCGAGCCGAGAAAAGCCGAGCGUGUGGGACCCCGGUCCGUCCACCAGGCGCCUUCUCCGUCGGCUGCACCCUCCGCGGGGUACUCGCCCUCGUCUGUGCGCGGAGAGGAGGGCGCAGAGGAGGGCGAGAGUUGGCGGGGAGAGAGGGACCGACACGCGCGAGCGCUGUCGCUUUUUCCAAGCGAACAGGACGACGGGAGAGGCGACGGCGGCGCAGAGCCCGGCGACGGCUCCUGGUCUACUCCGUCUUGCAGGGGCACAGGGAGCUUCGGCAAGCAGGUCUUUCUUCAGAACGCACGAGGGCAUAAACCGCACGCCGUCCGCGUCUUCGCGGAAGGCCUUCUUCUCCGCAAAGUCCCGAGAUAUCGAAGACGACAUCAACUGGCGCAGCACCGCCUCGACCCAGGCGGCCCGCGGUGGCGCGGGGCCCUCGCGAGCGUCGCUCUCUCUCGCGGACGAAGGAAAGCGCUCCUUCCUCGGCAGCGACCACGGGGUCGCCAAAAUGGGCGCGUUGGGCUCCAAGGGGGCGGAGACAAGUGUCUCCAAAGGCAAGGGAGACGACGUUCGCCGGCAGAGCGAAGGGAUGCGGAGAGCCCCCUCUGCGUUCGCCGACAGGACCGCGACGGGCGCGGGCGCCGAGUUCGGACUGAGUGCACCAGGCGGCGGAAGGCGCAAGAGUUCGUCUUCGUUCCAGCUUGGUCAGAAGGGCGGAACCCGAGGGGGCGUGGACGCCGACGGGAGAGACGACGGCCCCUCGCCGACGAGUCCGCAGGGCCGGCUCGUGCGCGGCUCGUGGACGCGUGAGGCGCUGCUGCAGAGGCCCGAGGUGCUGUCUGCGAUGAGCCCAGAAGAGCGACGCGCGGAGCUCGAGCAGAGCAGACAGCAACUCGCAGAACUCCAAGAGAGCCUCAUGUGGACCACCGCGACCAACAAAAGAGACAAGAAAAAGGCUUCCGCAACAAACCGGCGCGUCGAACGGCAGCUCGCCUCUCUCGAAUCCUUCAUUGGGAUGCUCUCUUCCAUAGAGGCUUCUUCUGGAUCGAGUGCUGCCCAGCCUCCCCCCUCGUAG